CCUUUCUCCAUUGUUCUAUACCAGACGAGACUCUAAAAUCCACCAUUAUCGUUAGGGUUUAAGACCUCUUACAACUUUCUUCUUCACACAACCUCGUUAAACCCUAACACCACAAUGACAACCUUAAACCCUGUCUGUUCCAAACCAAACCAAAUCCAAAAACAAUUCUAUAACCUUAAUCAUCGUCCGAUUUAUGCUAAACCCAUUUCUUGUCUCUCAUUCAAAACCCCAUUUUCACCUUCUUUUUUCUCCAUCAAAGCCUCACAAAACCCUAAAAUCUCAAAACCCAUUAACCCUAAUGAAAAACCCCAAAAUAACCCAUUUUUUAGUUCAUUCUUAAAACCCACAUUAAUUGCAACAAUUACUGCAACUACCCUUUUGUUUGCAAGAUUCAUUUUUUACCCAAAACCUGCAUUUUCUUCACCAAAAGUUAUGCAAACUGAUGUUAAAGAAACAGUUUCAAAUGAGGAAAAAGAAAGAGAAAUUCAAGAACACCUUAUUUCUAACCCUGAUGACGUGGAAGCUUUAAGGAGUUUAAUGGAAAUUUACAUAAAAAACAAGAAAAUGCUUGAAGCUAUUGGUGUUAUUGAUAGGUUGAUUGAAAUCGAACCGAAUGAACCCGAAUGGCCAUUAUUGAAAUCCCAUUUGUAUGUUAACUUUGGUGAGGUUGAAUUAGCUAAAGUUGGGUUCAAUGAGAUAUUAAAAAAAGACCCUUUACGCGUCGAGGCGUAUCAUGGGCUUGUUAUGGCUGCUUCACAAGAUGAAUCGAUUGAGGAGAUAAAGGAAAUCGAGAAAAAAGUCGAGGAGGGGAUGAAAUUGUGUAAGAAGGAGAAUAAAAAGAGUGAUUUGAGGGAUUUUAAGUUGUUGUUGGCACAAAUUCGAGUGAUCGAAGGGAAAUAUGAAGAUGCAUUGAAGGUUUAUCAAGAGUUAGUUAAAGAGGAGCCUAGGGAUUUUAGGCCUUAUUUGUGUCAAGGGAUAAUAUAUACAUUGUUGAGGAAAAGUAAUGAGGCUGAGAAAUGUUUCGAGAAGUAUAGGAGACUUGUACCGCAAGGGCAUCCGUAUGCUAGGUAUUUCGAUGAGAAUAUGAUUGCGACGAAGGUUUUUGCACAGAAGGUAGAGAAUGAGAGAGCUGGCUCAAAAAGUUGAUUGAGAAAAAAGGAUUUGGUUUUGUUGAAGUUCAGAUUGGACGGUAGAGUCGUUUCCUGGAAUGAGUUGGAUGUUCUUCAUCAGUUAUUAAGUUCUUGCCCCAGAGGCAGACCCAGGAUUUGAAGAUGACGGGGGCACCAUUAGAGGCGGAUGCAUGCUAGUCGAGACGGUGUCACGCGAACU